AUGCCCACUCUACUCUCUAAAAAAAUAGGCUUAUUACCAAACCUAAAAGGGUAUAUGAGUGAUGAUCAUCAGUCGACUGAUUAUAAAUGUCCGCGAACUGGAGCGUAUCGUAAACAACUAUUGGUGGAAUUAAGAAAACGAGCUGAUUUAUUGCCUCCUCAUAUUCAGUUGUUCAUACCCUCGGAGUGUCGACGUCAGGAUGAAAUGAAAGCAAAAGCUCUGUUUAAUCCAACACGGAUCAACAAUUUUCAACAACAUCAUUCUCAACAGCAGAUUAUUUUUAAAAGAAACGAUUAUAAUACGUGGCCACUGAUAAGGUCGAAUCAAACAAAAACACUUGGUUCAAUAGAAUCAAAUGAAUCGAUUUGGGAUGUAAUAAAACAUUUACAAAGUGACUUCGAAAAAAUGAAAUUGGAACACGAAAGGAAAGAAAAUGAGAUGAAGAUAAAACACAUUCAUCAAAUGAACAGAUAUAAAGCCCGGAUGGUUUUGAAUAAUAUUCGAACGAAAACUCAGGAUGAACUGAUUAAGAAUGUAUACACGGUUGUUGAAGAAACUUUACCAGCAGUCAAGACAACUCUACAAAUAGUGAGAUUCAUCGCAUCGAAACCUACACCACUGGUCACAGAAUUAGAUGAACAAGAAAACAUGUUUGAACUAAUGGAAACAACAAUCGCUCAUUUAACUGAACGUUCUGAAAUGCUAUCGACAUAUCAGAAUACAUUCUUGGUUCAAUACGUUAAACAAGAGCAAGUAAUUACCGAAAGUAUGAAAAAGUUUUUCGUUGACAAUGAAUACUGA